GUUUUCUUUUAUUACGCUCAGUAACCAGUGAAAGUCGCUGAGUGAAAUGGCGCAUUUUCGGAUAGGUUCAGAGGAAUUGCCAAAUUUAAAAAUUGCAGUUGAAAAUACACCUGGGGAAGAUGAAAUUAAUGUAUCUACAAUGGAAGUGAGUUUCAGUGAUGAUGAACAAAAUGUUGGAUCUCCCAGAAAUGUCCCAAUAGUUGGCGUAAAUCUCGACUCACUCGUAAAACAAAAUAUUCAAAAGUACGAAAACCCAGCAGGUGCAUUUUACACAGGACUUGAUCUUUCAUCCAAGGAAGUGCAUGCUAAGCUAGAAAAACGAGCCCAGCGUUUUGGUUUUGAAAAUGAACCACAAUGUCAAACUACACCAGAAGAAAUUAACAGUUUGUACAAAAGUCUAAACAUUGAGUGUGAUGCAAGGGACUUCAAUCAAAAUGAACCAGGAAAAUACAAAGGUUAUCGACUGAAUGCAGUUCACAUUCGAGGUGUGAAUGACAUGUGUACCCAGAAUGUAUUUGAUUACUUUAAAGAAUAUGGCCCUGCAUCCAUUGAGUGGGUCAAUGAUUAUUCUUGUAAUGUUGUGUGGUUAGACAACAUGGGAGCAGCCCGGGCUUUGAUUGGCUGUAGUAAGCCAAUGGAAAUUCGUGAAAAGACAGAAAAACAUCAGAGCCAGAACAGGGACAUAAAAAAAGAAGAAAGAAUAAAAGGAGGGUCAUCUGAUAAAGGUGAAGAAAUUGUAUACAUGUCAGAUGAUGAGGAAGAUGACACAGAUGAUGAAGAGAAUAUCACUGAUAAAAUUAAGGAACAGGAAGAAAAAAAUGUUGAAAAACAAGAAAGAGAAUUGAUGAAAUCUGAAGUUGAAAAAGAUGAAGCUUUGCCAAUUGAAGAAAAGGCUGCAGCAGAUAAUCAGAAACCAGAACUGGAAUUGUCUGAAAACAGCUAUACACACACAAUACAGAGUGAAAAGAAACCUGAGUCAACCAAUGAGAAACUGGAGGUACCUGUGCCUCCUGGUUGUUGGAGGUUAGGGAACCCAACUCACAAAGCCAAAUAUCUUCUUCUGAGAUUUGCUGGAAAAGAGGAUCGAAAGAUUCGAGGAUCUGAAAAAUCAAGCUUAUAUUACAGGAAGUAUGGAAACCCUAAUUAUGGAGGUCUUGCAGGUAUAAUAAGUACAUCCAGAAAAAGACGUUUUAGACAACAGCAAGAAAAACAAGAACUGCAGGAUGUUUUAGAAGAGGUAGCCAUGAAGAAGACAAGCCCAGAUAUUGAUAAGCAGAUACAGCACAUGAAGACUGAUUUACAGAAAGAUUUAGCAAACCGGUUAGGUGGAGUCUCUUCUGACCACGAAGAUGAGCGUCCACUUAUUAAAGUUCCACGUAUGAAGAUGUAUGCAGAUGAAGAAGAAGAAAAGCAGAAGAAGAAAAGAGAGGCAGCAGCUCAGAAACGAAAUGCUCCUAGUCCUCAUGACAUCAGAAAUCGUUUACCACCUCGAGAUAGAAGUAAUCUUCCCUCUGACAGUGACAUAAUUAGCAGUGAGGAUAGUGAAGCUGAAGUAGACCUAGAACCCCAGAAGUCUGGUCAGAGAAACUGCAGUGUGUGGGACAGACUGUCUAGCAAACAGCAGGUUCGAGACAGUGAUUCGGAUAGUGAACAAGAUGAAGUGAGGUAUUCUGGAGAUCUUCGAAAGAAACUGGGUUCUAAGUUCAGUUUACGAAGUGUUGUAGCUGUACAGGGUGAUCUGAGGUCAAAGUUAAACAGAAUCAGAAAAGAUAAACCUAACAAUCAAUACCGUUCUCCUCUACUUGUGAAAGUGGGUAAUGCAGAUAGUGAUUAAGUAGUGUUCAUAUCAAGUUUUUAAGGUAUUACACUCUCAAGCAAAAUGAAGAUAUAUUUCCAUAACAGAAUUUAACAGGCAAAAAUUAAAUUUUUAUUGUUAUUUAAGAUGGAGGAGUUAACACUUGAGUUGUUUAUGGGUCAAUCUGUAAAGUACCAUGGUAUUUCUUGUACUUCAUCAGACUGUAUUGUCAACAAUUGUGGACUGUAUGGUGUUUUAAGCUCUCCUUGUAAUGAAAUGUAUUUUUCAAGAACCAAUAAAGUUUUGUUUCAGUUGAGAGUAA